GUUCAGAUACUCUGACGCUCAUUAAAACUCUCCCUUUGAAAUGCUUCCUUUGAGGUUCAUGAACAAGCCCCUCUCGGUGGAUGACGUCAUGAAGCUGCUCAUUUCCAUCGCUGAGGAGAGGAAAAUGAAAGAGGACAUUGAGAAGGGCGCGACGAUUGCAGGGUCUGGGGCCUUCAUCGGUGGUCUGGUCGGAGGACCACCCGGAAUAGCUGCGGGGGGGGCUGUCGGGGGUCUGUUAGGUGCAUCAACGACCAAUGGACAGCGUAAGCCCAUUCCUCAGAUGAUAACAGAGCUGCCGCCUGAUAAGAAGCAAAAGCUGUAUAAUGAAGCCACCGCCAUCCUCGGGGACCUGGAGUGGAUGGACCCCAAGGAGCUGACCAAGCAGGUCAUGGACAAUGAGACCAUGAAGCAGCAGCUGCUGGCCCUGCUGGAAAAGUUCCUCGAAGGCUAAGGUAAUACCAGCCUGGUACUUAGAAGACUUCAGAUGGUACAAAUGGAAAAGCAAGGCUUCCUGCAGCAUGAACUCCAGCCCCAGGCCCUUCCUCAGAGACAGCCAGUCUACCGAUUUCUUGUGCAUUCCUUAACUCGGUUUUUAUUUAGUCAUUGAAAACAAUUCACUUCCUUUUAUU